AUGCGUCCGGCGGGAACCGUCGCGAGCGCCUCCGCGCCCGUCGCGUCCACGGCGGGACGGCGCGUCGCGUCCUCCUCCUCCUCCUCCUCCGCGCGCGCGUCGGGUCGUCGCUCCGCGGGAGGCGGUCGCCGUCGAGGUGACGAUCUCUUCUCGUCGUCGUCGUCGUCGUCGUCGUCGUCGUCCGCUCGCGCAUCGCGCGUCGUCGUCGCGUCGUCCUCGUCCUCGCGCGGCGGCGAGGACGACGCGUGGGACAUGACGCGGCUCUCCGACUUCGAGAGAGAGGCCAUGCGCGCGGAGUGGUCCCUGGAGUGCCGCCAGGUCGGACUCGACCACCUCGCGGACUGCUUCCAAAAACCGAGCGUCGCGAACCCGGCGGACGUCGCCGAUCAGACCGCGGAGGUCGCCGCGCUGAAAGCGGCGCUGAGCGAUGCGUCGAUCGACCCGAUCGAGCACGUCACGUCCUCGAUCGCGCCGACCGACGACGAGCCGGCGAAGCUGGCGUUCUUGAACGGCGAAGGCGUCGAAGAGAUCGCGCACACCGGGAACGGCACGUUCGACGCUCACUUACUCGGCGUGAAGCGCGUCUUGGGUGCGUCCACUUGUCACCCUGCCACGUCACCCAAUACCACCUCACCGACCAAUCACACCGCUUCGUUCCCGUCCACGUCAGCGUCCUGGGGGUGCUCGCCCGCGUUGCAAGACGCGGGACUGUUUCACAGCGUCUACGGCACCGAGGGGUUCCAGGGGUUCUGUCUCCCGUACGAGCGCCGGGACGACGUCCGCGCGCUCGUGGGCGCGUACGCGGAGCGACUCGUGUGGACGUUCUGCGUCGUCGACCGACUCUCGGUGGACAACGAUCUCGACGACCGGACGAAGAGCUGGCUCGCGCGGCCGGAGCUCGGCCGCUUCGACGUCGACGCGAGCGACGGCGAGUUAUCGGACAUAUCCGAUGACGCGGACGUGAAGACGCGUCGGCGCGACUUUUGGCACGAUUUCAUCACGCUGACGCUCGCGGAUUGGCUGGAACAGGUGGAGGGCGCGAGUCGAACGACGUCGGAGAUUUUCGAGUGGUUCGAACCCGGGGACGCGUGGGGGUAUCGCCGCGGCGCGUACGCGAGGAUGGUUGACAUCGUCGCCGCGCGGUACCCGAAAGCGCGGGUGUUGUACGACGCCGUGUACGCCAGGGAAGGGGAAAAGAGCAAGGGGGUGCGGCAGCCGAUCACGCCGCCGAUGUCGGAAGCGGCGAGGCGAGCGCGCGAGGGGAUGGAAAAGGUCGAGCCGAGGUUUCCGUGA